GACUUGGGCCAAGGUGUCGCGCUUCCCCUUUCGGCCAGCUGUGGCGCCGAGCGACGCCUUCUACGGCCUCCUGGAGUCCACGGACAUGUACUCAGACCAGCCUCAGCACCUACGACCUUGCGACCCGUCGAAGCUUCGGGUCCUCAGGGGUUUGGUCACGCCGCGGCCGCUCUGUGAGAGGCUGCCGCCGGCUGGUGUCCGCGCCCUCGACAACGCUGACAGCAUGAUCUACCGCGCCGCCUCGGAGAUUGACGCGCUGACAGAGCAGGGGCUUAUCACUCCAGUGCGCCCUUACUGGGGCCCUCGCCUCCGCCAUGACAGGGCGGCUCGCAGGGGCUUCGUCGUCAUGCGCCUGCACGCCGUGGGUCUGGCGGGGUUCAGGUUGGGCAUCCGUGCCCGGAUCGGAGCUUUCUUCGUCGCCAAGAGGGACGGCAUGCUGCGCCUAGUCCUCGACGGUCGUGAAACUUCGAGCCUGCGCCGACGGCCUCCUCAUUCUGCCCUCGGCUCUGCGGGAGCGCUGGCUGGCCUUGACCUCUCACCUUCGGCGCUGCGGAGGGCGGGCCUCGCUGACGCCGAGGUCGACCCGCGUGGCGCUGGCGUGGACCUACGCGACGGUUUCUACCAGUUCGUCGACGACGACCUCGCGGACUGGUUCGGCUUCGACUUCCCAGAGGCCGCAGGCUUCUUUGGCGAUCCCGACGUUUAUUUCACGGACACUCGCACUUUCGGUCAGGUCUCUAGUGACACGAGGAUUUUCCCCGUCUUCAGGGGUCUGCCGAUGGGCUGGAGUUGGUCUCUCUGGUUUUGCCAACUUGUGACCGAGUCAGCGGAGACAGAGGCCGUCGCUCCCCUUGCUGGGUCCCCAUACCCGUGUGUGACCUCGGACAAGAGGCCCGUGCCGCCCUUCGCCCUGGGGCGGCCCCAGGUAUCGCCCUACGUGGACAACGCCAACCUCUUCGGCGUCUGCGCGGAGGACGUCGGCGCGGCCCUCGACGAGGUCUGCGCGGAGCUGGAUCGCCUGAACCUCGCCUACCACGAGAAGGUCGAGCCGACCCGCCUCUACGAGUCCGUCGGAGUAGUCUUCGAUGGGCAGGCGCGGAAGCUCAGGUUCGCCAAGUUCCAGCCCGACCUCUUGGGCGAGAUCCGUGUCGCCGAGGGCCUGAUCUUCCUGGUGGAAGUGGACCUCGGGGCACCGUGGGCCCCGGUCACCUACUGCAGCGACGCCAGCACCUACGGCUACGCGCUGCGCGAGGCCUGCUUGUCGGACGACGAGCUGCUCGACACCUUCAGUGCGCGGGGGCGCUGGCGUUUCUUGGACGUAGAGCCUACCUUCUUGACUGGGGCGGCUGACGGUCCACCCGCCGCUAUCGCCGCCGAGGCCACAGCUACCCUCGCGGCGGGGUUUGUGGGCGACCCCGCUUUCGAUUUUGAUGAUGAGCAUCGCGGGGCCGCCUGUCUGGGCCGUCGGCCCGCGCGCGCGGCCGCGCUCGAGCUUGACGGGGUGGUGACUCCCGUGGCCGACGCCGUGGUCGUCCGCCAUCGCUGGGCUCUUAUCGCCCGAGGUGCCUGGAGGUACGCGGCCCCUAUCCAAUUGAAGGAGGCGCGCGCGCAGCUGCUCGGCCUGAUCAGGGCCUCGCGGAGCACCAGGAUGCAUGGCCACCGCGCGGGCAGCAUGGGCGACAACGCGGCCGCCCUCCUCAGCUUCGAGAAGGGCCGCGCCCGCGACUUUGCCCUCAGCUCUGCCAGCGGCCUGACCGCGCACGGUGCCCAGCGGCGCCUUGCUCGCGCGGCCGGCCUGCAUGCCUGCCGCGGCCGCCGCUGCCUGCCAGAGGUCGCGCCAGCGCCGCAGCCACCACAAUCGUUUGAUAUCCCGGAGGUUACCGAAGAGGCAGCCUCAGAGACGGCGGAGGUCAUCGCCGCGCCUGCUCCGAGGGAGGCAGAGUGCAAAAAGCCCUUGUUCGCAGCAUCUCGUCCUCGUGCUUCCCGUCGCCCCAAAUCUUUCUGCGAGAUCUUCGCGGGCUGCGCCCGGCUCACCGCCGCCCUCAGGGGCCUGGGCCUCUUGGCGACGGCCCCGGUGGACCUGAGGAACGGCUCGCACUUCGACAUCCUGGGUUACAGGGUCUUCAAUGUCCUGGCGUCGUGGAUCAGGUCUCGGAAGCUCUGGCGGGUGCACUUUGGGACUCCAUGUAUCGCGUGGAGCCAGGUCUCCGACGACUGGGAGGCUCACCUGGCGGCCGCUGUCGGGCGGCCCACUGGCGACCUCGUCAGGCCCUACCUCCAGACGCGCCGAGUCAGGCCCAUCACAGCCAGCAGGUACCUCGACUCCUACACGAAGUUCAAGGUUUGGGCUCAACAGCAGGGCCGUCCUCUCACGACUCACGACCUCGUCGAUCGAGCGAUGGAGGACUACCUCGACGCGCUCUACUUCGGAGGCAAGGCGUUGGCCGAGGGCCGCUACGCGGUGCACGGGACCAUCCACUGCCUGCGCUACCCGAGACGGACCCCCGCCACGCUGCCGCUCAGCUGGGGCGCGCUCGCCGGCUGGAGCCAGGCCGGGCCAGAGCGGGUCCGCGACCCGCUGCCGUGGGAGGCCGCUGUCCUGAUCGCCGACCACAUGAUCCAGCAGGGGCCCCUCAGCGAAGCCGCCACGGGGGCGCUCGUCACCAGCUUCGACGGGUACCUCCGUCCGUCCAGCGCGCUGAGGAUCAAUGGCGCCGACGUGCACGUCGCCGCGGGCGGGGUGGCCAGGGGGCACCCUCGCGUGACGGUCACCAUCGCGCCGCUCCACGCCGACGAUGGAGCCGAGCCCCGCCCGCGGCUCAAGAACAACGAGCACGACAUGACGCUGAUCUUCGGAGACCAGGCGAGCUUCAAGGCCGGUCGGAGCUUCGCGGCCGACCUCCUCGUGAAGCUGAAGGGCCAGCGCCAGCCGCAUCGGCCGCUCUUCCCGCUGACGCUGGCCCAGUACGAAAAGCAUUUCAACGCCGCGGUCGCGGCCCUUCAGCUGCACCGCUUAGAUGUGACCCCCCACUGCGCCCGCCACGGCGGCCCGUCAGUAGACGCCGCGAGGGGCCUCCGCAUCAUCCCCGACAUUCAGAAGCGUGGGAUGUGGCGGGCCGCCUCCUCAGUCAGGCGCCACGAAAAGGCAGGCACUUUGAUGCGACAGCUAGAGAAG